CACAUAGUCCAGCAUUUGCUACAGCACCAGCGUAGCUACUUAAAAGAGCAAGUAGCACAGUUUAACGUCUUCAGGAUGCGAGGCUUGGUGAACAUUCUUUUUUACUGGUCAUUGCUGAUGAUCAUGAAAGGUUCCCUGAGCCGGGCACGAGUCGCUGACGGUAGUCUCCGAUGUGUCUCCUAUCAAUGCAAGGAUGGCGAGUGCAAGGAGGGAAUAGACGUUUGUGAAGAGUCCGAACCAGAUCGUCCAGUAGGUUGCUUUGUAGUGUGGACGACCAGCAAUGUGACCAACGAAGUUAAUGUAACUAUGAAAGGUUGCUUCACCAAUCCUAGUGAAUGCAACAAUACUGAGUGCAUCGAUACGACGACAGAUAUUAAAAAGAACCUAAAUUACUGCUGUUGUCGAGGCAGUAUGUGCAAUAAAGAACAUCGUUGGGUGCCAGUGGCAACAAAAGCACCAGAAGUAAUGCAGGCAGCCAAUAAGGACACAAAUAUGGUCAUUUUUAUAGUAAUCGGGUUGGCUUCUUCAGUGAUUGCCCUCGCCGCGUUGCUUAUUUACUAUGUCACUCACCAGAAACAAGCGAUGUUUAACGAAAUUCCCACGGUUGAACCAGAUGUAUCAAGUUCGUCGACGAACAUCUCACAUCGUCCGAUCGAUUUGAAGGACAUCAAAGCACAAGGUCGUUUCGGGGUUGUGUGGCGAGCACAACUUAACACUCAGGAGGUAGCAGUGAAAAUUUUUCCUAUGCAGGAGCGUCAAUCGUGGCUAACGGAACAGGAGAUUUUCAAGCUUCCACGCAUGAACCAUCCGAAUAUUCUAGAAUUUAUUGGAUGCGAGAAGCGAUCGGAUGUAGCAAGCACUGAUUUUUGGUUAAUCACAGCCUACUGUGAAAAUGGUUCGCUCUGCGAUUUUCUCAAAUCACACACUGUUUCCUGGAACGACCUGUGUAAGAUCGCCAGUACGAUGGCAAGAGGUUUAACACACCUGCAUGAGGAAUUCCAAGGUACGCGGACUGAAGGUCUCAAGCCUUCCAUUGCCCACCGGGACUUUAAGAGUAAAAACGUAUUACUCAAGGCGGAUUUGACGGCCUGCAUAGCCGACUUCGGACUGGCACUUGUGUUUAAUCCAGGUAAAUCGUGCGGUGAUACACACGGUCAGGUCGGAACACGUCGCUACAUGGCACCCGAGGUGCUCGAGGGUGCGAUCAACUUCACACGUGAUGCAUUCCUACGCAUAGAUGUGUAUGCAUGUGGUCUCGUUCUCUGGGAGCUGGUGUCGCGAUGCACUGUUCACGGUGGUCCCGUAGACGAAUAUCGCUUACCUUUCGAGGCUGAACUCGGACCACAUCCGACGCUUGAGGAAAUGCAGGAAAACGUCGUAAUGAAGAAGCUACGCCCGCGUAUUUUCGAUGCUUGGCGUAAUCACUCGGGACUAAAUGCAAUUUGUGAAACUAUGGAAGACUGCUGGGAUCACGAUGCGGAAGCGCGUCUAUCAUCGUCCUGUGUGCUCGAACGUUUAUCCCAAUACACCCGCUUUCCGACAGCACGACAAUUUUUUGUGGCUACCACUACUAAUACGACGAGCUUGGGAAGUGCCACCAGUAAUGAACUACCACCGAAAAUAGCAUCAGAGAGUGUGUGAAAAUUAGAGAAGGAGGAUAGGGAAAUUGCGAUUGUUGUGCCUCGCGAAUGCAAAUAAUCCCUGGAAAUCCGAUUGACCACUUUCUUUCUAUUUCGUUUACUUUCAUUUCAUAUUAAAGAUAAGUAGGGAUAUGUUUCUAACGAUUAGUAAACAAAAGAUUUAUACAUACAUGUACAUUUGCGAACGCAAUUCUGCAGCUGUAUAUUCAUAUGACGUAUCCAUCAUAGUUUUAACGAUUAGUGCUGUAAGAUGUGGGUGUCGACGCGUGUAUGCUAUUAGAACCAGACUGUGCUCCUUUUAAUUCGGAGUAUCAAAGA